UUUGCAAGCCUGGGUUUCAUGGCUCUCAAUGUCAAUUACCAUGCGGAGUCAACUGUGUGGCGGUCGGUGGCGCAAGAUACUGCAAUAUAUCGGACGGCACAUGCAGAGACGGUUGUAUGCCUACCUACUACAGACACGACUGCAGUGGAUCUUGUCCGAACUGUGGAUACGACGUUUGCCAUAGAACCACCGGUACCUGUUUGAACGCCAUCUGUGACAGCGGCUUCUACGGAGAGACAUGUAACCAGUCCUGCCCUGUUAACUGCGGUUCGGAUCCGAAUGGCAACGCGUAUUGUAACUUCACUUCCGGUGACUGCACGUAUGGCUGCCGGGACGGCUACUAUGGAGCGAAGUGCACGCUCGGAUGUUCCCAAUUCUGUAAAAGAAGCCCCGCAAAUACAGAGAAGGGUCCCCUCUGCAAUCAAGCCACUGGAAAUUGCGUGUACGCGUGUGAGCCUGGCUCCUACACGCCGACAUGCCGCGAAGUUUGUCGGUCAAAAUGUGUUGACAAUACAUGCGACAUCAACUCUGGAACGUGUGCAGAGUGUGAUAAAGGCGCAAACGCAGGUGUCCUGUGUCCAACCGGAACAUGUGAUGUCGGUUUCUAUGGUAACUUCUGUACCACGCCCUGUCCAGGGGGUAGCAACUGCUCAGGGAGCACAUGUGAGCGAUACACGGCGAGGUGCAAAGGGUGUAUCAGCGGCCGUUAUGGCGACCACUGUGAGAGAACAUGCCCCAACUGUGCUAGUGGCGUCUGUGAUCAGACUUCCGGUUUGUGCCAAGGCGCGUGCGUGGACGGCUAUUUCGGGGACAAAUGCGACACCCGGUGUGGAAAUCGGUGCACGCGCUGUGCGCAGUUCACUGGAGCGUGUCUGGUUUGCAAUGUCGGAGCUCACGGAAUUUCGUGUGAAUUCAACUGCAGUACCCAGUGCCUCCCGUUGUCUUCUGGUAUCAUUUCCUGCAACAAGGUGAGCGGAAACUGUGACAGCAGCGCAUGCGUGCCAGGAUUCUAUCGACCCACGUGUACCUCGUCAUGCAGUUUGAAUUGUAAGGAUGUCGUCUGCGAACUUCAGAGCGGAAACUGCACAAACGGUUGCAACGUCGGAUGGUUUGGAAGGCUGUGUGACGGCAACUGUAGCGCAAACUGCGUGAACCGGAACUGCCUGGGUGCGGCGGAUAGAUGCCUGGAGGGAUGCGUGCCCGAAAAGUACGGUCCACAGUGCGACAUUUCAUGCAACUCUAACUGUUUGACAAGUGUCUGUAAUGUCACCGGAUACUGCACCCGCGGAUGCCUGCCAGGGUGGUACGGCGACAUGUGCGACCGGAUGUGCAAUUCCACGUGCACGGAUGGACGGUGUGGCAGGACGCUGGGUGUUUGUGAAGAGUGCAGCAAGACCAAUCCGUCACCGCUAUGUAGAACAUCCGCUUGUCCCGCCGGACUUACCGGAACGUUCUGCAACAGUUCAUGCAGUAGCAGUUUCUGUGCCGGAAAUAUAUGUGGCCGCUAUAACGGAACCUGCAUCGGUUGCGUCGUGGGUCGCUAUGGAGACCAGUGUGAAAGGCAGUGUGACACCUGUCUUGCGGGGACCACGUGUCAACAGGUUGACGGACGAUGUGAUGGUGAAUGCAUGCCGGGAUAUUACGGCUCCUUUUGCCGACAGAGCUGUACUACGUGUAUCACGUGCACUAAGUCGACCGGCCUAUGCACCACAUGCGCCCGCGGGCAAUACGGAGAGUUGUGCCAGUACAACUGCAGUCGUGCAUGUGUGCCUGUAGGGGGAAUCAUUUCCUGCGACAUCGUAACGGCCAACUGCACUUCCGGACAGUGCACCGCCGGUUACUGGUACACGGACUGUUUUAGGUUUUGUAAUCCCAAUUGCGGCAGAAGUAACACGACGGGUCUGAUUUCAUGCGACUUCCUAACUGGUCGGUGUAGCUCGGAUUGCUUGGCCGGAUGGUACGGCGCCCACUGUGACCGCAAGUGCGAGUCUCUUUGCUAUGACGGCAGGUGUGACCGAAACCAGGGCGUCUGUGUGGAAUGUCUGAAGCCAAACCCUGACUUCAACUGUCCAUCUGGACAAUCAUUGAAAUAUUUUUAUAUGUCAUUCACGGUGCUUUGUGUACCGAAGGCUUCUACGGCCAGAGCUGUCAGACCCCCUGCUCCCCGGGCUGUGUACGCUACAUGUGACCGGUACACCGCCAAGUGUGCCAACUGCAGGGAGGGACUGUGGGGAGACACGUGCGACAAGAGCUGUAACGCCACGAGCUGCAAGGUAUGCAGUCAGUCUACCGGGCAGUGUACCGAAUGUACUGCGGGAAAAUGGGGGCUAAGCUGCUCAGUGGACUGUGGACGCUGCACGCCGGAAAGUAACGGUAUCGUCCGAUGUGACAUCAACACCGGGAUCUGCAGCACGGACACCUGCGUACCGGGUUUUCAUGGGAACAGGUGUCAGAACACGUGCGGCUUUACCUGCAAGGAUUCCAGUUCCGGUGUGAACGAAUGCAACCGGAACACGGGGAUUUGCACGAACGGUUGCGAUAUCGGAUAUUACGACAUGUACUGUGACAAGAAUUGUAGCGACAGGUGUAGAAACAGAGACUGCGCAACGAGCUCCAAUGACUGUCGCCAGGGAUGCGCGUUCGGUUAUUAUGGCGUCGGCUGCUUCACCGCCUGUCCGUCAAACUGUGUGGGUGGGGGUUGUGACGGUGCAACAGGCGCCUGUAACAGCGCGUGCGCGGACGGUUUUUAUGGCGCGCAAUGCACGAAUCCGUGUAUAACCACGUGCAUUGACGGUAAAUGCGAUAAAAGUACGGGCUUUUGUUUAGAAUGCUCGCAGUCAACGCCAAGGCAAUCGUGGUUUUGUCGUACUUCAGCUUGUCCAGCUGGUUUACAUGGACUUUUCUGUAACCAGACCUGCGCUGCCGGAUGUGCGGGCACUUGCGACAGAUACUCUUCUGUAUGCAAUGGAUGUGACGACGGAUUAUUCGGACCACAGUGUUCGCGGUUCUGCGGAAAAUGUUCUCCAUUGAGGUGUGACCAGAACACAGGCACGUGCAGCGUCUGUCAGAACGGUUACUACGACAGCGGAUGCAACAACCCGUGUCUGUUCGCGAACUGUGAAACGUGCAACAAAGACAGCGGCCAAUGCAGCACGUGCAAGACCGGUUUCUACGGAACCCGCUGUGAGCUGAAUUGUAGCUCGAACUGCGCUGCUAACAUCAACGGUGUGAUCUCGUGCAGUAAAGAUCUCGGACACUGUGAUGAGCAGAGAUGCAAGCCGGGAUACUGGGACGCCACGUGCACAAUUCAGUGCAGCGCCACCUGUCGAAGUGACAGCACCGGUAACCGGAUAUGCCAGUUCAGCAACGGCACUUGUAUCGUGGGAUGCGAGGACACAUACUUCGGGACGGAGUGCGGCCAGAGCUGCAGCGCUUCCUGUGUAGCCCGACAGUGCGGUCGUACCGGUGUGUGCUCUGCAAAGGGUUGUGUAACAGGUCGCUAUGGUGACAGGUGCGAAUUCUCGUGUAUGGAUACGUGCAACGACAACGCGUGCGGCAGGACUUCCGGUGUAUGUGAUGAAUGCAACAAACUUCCACAACUUCAGACCCCGUUAUGCAGAACAGCAGAAUGUGGCGCGGGGCUGACAGGCAUGUUUUGCAACGUGUCAUGUCCGGUAAACUGCCAAGGUAUUUGUGACCGCUAUACGCAGAAAUGCACUGCAUGUCAGAGCGGUUACUAUGGAAACACGUGUCAGAGCACGUGCGGGAAUUGUACGAGCAGAAUCUGUUACCAAGAAAACGGAACUUGCAUUGGAGCGUGUAUUGACGGAUAUUAUGGCGAAAUGUGUCGGACCAGUUGUAAUUAUAUGGGAUGCCAGACGUGUUUCCGUGAUAACGGGGAAUGUGAAACGUGCAAACAGGGACGCUGGGGAAUCACGUGCUCGGCGAACUGCAGCACCGGAUGUUCCUCCUCGGCUGACGGGAGAAUCUACUGUAACAAGACUUCAGGCAACUGCGUAGUUGGCGCGUGCUCGCCUGGAUUCUACGAUAUCGACUGUACCGCGAGAUGCAACUUGAACUGUAGGGCGGAUGGGAGCGGUAACCGGAACUGCAAUUUUCUCACCGGAGUUUGCCGAGACGGCUGUGAGGCCAGGUUCUACAGCGACUUUUGUGAUAAACUCUGCGGAGAAAACUGCAAUGGAGGUGUGUGCAAUCGCGACGGGCCAUGUUACCGCGACCUUGGGUGCAGGCCCGGGUUCUACGGACCCACGUGUAGCCUCAACUGUACCACCACCUGCACGGAUGACGCGUGUAACAUAGAUGAUGGCAUGUGCGAUGAGUGCAAGAAGGUCGCCGUGUUACAAACACCGCUGUGCAGAUCCGCUGUUUGCUAUCCAAAUGCCACCGGUUAUUUCUACGGUACAAAAUGCGAGGUACGUUGUCCAUUGAACUGCGUGAGUUCCUGUCACCGCUAUUCGGCCAAGUGCGAUGCAUGCCCGCCCGGUUACUGGAACCUCACGUGCAACAGCCGGUGUGGGCAGUGCUCCACCAACGUAUGUAACCAGACUACAGCCGUCUGUCUGGGAGACUGCAACCCCGGUUACUAUGGAGACACGUGUAACACGCCCUGCCCGUUUCCAGGAGCUGCCACGUGCGAAAAAUUCACCGGCGCGAGCGUCACGUGCAAGGCUGGUCUGUACGGUCAAAACUGCCUGUCGAACUGCAGCAGGAAUUGUCUCCCUUUAUCGGGCGGCCAGAUCACGUGCAACAAAUUGUCAGGCACGUGCGACUCGCAGCUGUGCGUCGCUGGAUACUACAAUUUGUUCUGUACCGGACUGUGCGAGAACACCUGUUUGUCCGUAGGCAGCAACCUGCUUGGAGCGUGCAACGUCACUUCUGCUGUUUGCCUGGACGGAUGUAAGGACGGCUUUUACGGUCCCUACUGCAUUCAGACGUGCAAUCAAAACUGCAUAAUAGACACGUGCUCACGAGAUGGAUUAUGUGACGUCGGCUGCAAGACAGGUUACUUUGGAGAUAGUUGUUCCAGGACAUGUACGACAACAUGCAACGACGGGACAUGUGACAGAAUUACAGGAAUCUGCGCUGAAUGUUUGAAGCCCGCUGUGUUACAGACGCCUCUUUGUCGAGACGCAGUAUGCCCGACAUCAACCACUGGACUCUACUGUAACCAGACAUGCCCACAGAACUGUCUCAACGGCGUUUGCAACCGCUACACAGCACGAUGUGAAGCAUGCGCCAAUGACUGGUGGGGCGCCAACUGCACGACACCUUGCGGAAACUGCAAGGGUGACAAGUGCAACCAGGACAACGGCGCGUGUGCAAGCGGAUGUGACGACGGGUAUUACUCAUUGACCUGUACAACGCCGUGCAUGUACUCCGGUUGUCAAGCGUGUGAUAACCUCGGGGAGUGUGUCUCCUGCAAGCAAGGCAAAUACGGAUCCCUAUGCAGGCAGAACUGCAGCGACAAAUGCUUUCCACGGGCAGCGGACGGACGCGUGUACUGCGAAAGGGAGUUCGGAGUCUGUAGUGAAGGCCAGUGCGUCCCUGGUUACUUCAGAUCAACAUGCACGGAGCGAUGCAAUGGCAACUGCGGUAUGAACCCCCUGGCUAUCCGUUCGUGUAAUAUCGACACCGGACGAUGCACAGAGGAAUGCGAGCUGACAUGGUUCGGACCCAGCUGCGACAUCAGUUGUCCAGUGAACUGCACCAAUCAGAACUGUAACAGGACGGGGGAGUGUCGCCAGGGGUGCAAGGCCGGAUAUUGGGGCUCCAAGUGCGAGCUGACAUGCGCAGUAACAUGUAACGAUGGCACCUGCGACCAGGCACUCGGGUCUUGUCUUGAAUGCAGUAAACCCACUCCCACACAGCUGUGUCGUGAAGCAGCCUGCUCCCCGAGGAACAAUUGGGGUGUGCUAUGUGACAAGUCAUGCCCGGCGACAUGCGGUGACGGUACAUGCGACAGAGACACAGGUUCCUGCAGGUCAUGCGCAAACACUUACUGGGGUAGAACAUGCGACCAGACUUGUCUGAACUGCUACAAUGACACCUGCUUCCAGAGUAACGGACAAUGCAUCGCAAAGUGCAAGGACGGAUAUUACGAGUUGAAAUGCAUCACACCGUGCCUCCAUUCAGGGUGCCUGGAAUGCUCUCGAGAUAAUGGCUCGUGUAUCACGUGCAAGGCGGGGAUGUAUGGUGAAAACUGUAGUCGCGCCUGUUCCGAGGGUUGUGCCACUGACGUCACCGGGGCGACCAGCUGUAACAAAUUCACUGGAAACUGCAAUGCUGGGAGGUGCAAAGACGGUUUCUACAAUCUCCAAUGUACGGAGAGAUGCAGCAGCUUCUGUCAAGGGGCAACAUGUUCCUUUGAGCUUGGUAAUUGCGCCCCAUGUGACUUGGGAUGGUACGGACAGAAAUGUGACGCGGCCUGCAGUCAGAACUGCAAGAACAACAACUGCGUGAACACGAGGACUUUCUGUUCAGAAGGUUGCGCUGAUGGAUUUUACGGAAGUGACUGUUCUUUGUCUUGCAAUAACAACUGCGUCAACAAAGCCUGUGACGUCACUACUGCGGCUUGCAAGUUUGGUUGCCAAGGCAGCAUGUACUAUGGGCCCACAUGUAAUAGCGCUUGUAACGCGAAUUGUAAUAAUGGAACCUGCAACAGAACCGGAUAUUGUCUAUCAGGAUGUGACGUCGGUUUCUAUGGCGACCAGUGUCAGCUAACGUGCCAAUCGAGCUCCAGAUGUAACGACGGUACUUGUGGUCGUGUGUCGGGCAUCUGCGACGACUGCCAAGUCUCCCCACCCAGCGUCAAUUGUCCUUCAGCUGUCUGCCCAGCGGGUUUCGCAGGCGACGCUUGUACCACCCCCUGUCCGAGUAGACUGUGCCUCUUCAACAGGUGUGACCGCUACUCGCCCAACCACUGCACGGCCUGUCCGCAAGGGUCUUAUGGCAGCUACUGUGACAUGACCUGCCCCAACUGCAAGUCUGGCUGUAACCAGGACACGGGUGUGUGCGACGACGGUUGUAAGGAUGGAUGGUACGGUCAGACGUGCAACCAGCAAUGCAGGACUGAAUGUGCUUCGUGCGAACGGAACUCCGGAGAAUGUGUGACUUGUAUUGCCGGACGUUGGGGCCUAAUCUGUCAGCAGAGCUGUAGUGCUUUCUGUCAACCGACCGUUGAGCAAGGCGUCAACACGCUCUACUGCGACAAGACCACUGGCGCGUGCAGGCAGGGUGUGUGUCAGGUUGGAUACUGGAGGGCGGAUUGCACUCAGGCGUGUUACACAAACUGCCUGACCGAUACCAACGGAAAUCGAGUGUGUGAAAUCCUGGACGGUAGAUGUUCAUUCGGAUGUAAGGACACUUUCUACGGCACCGUAUGCAACGAAACGUGCAGUAUUCGAUGCAAGAAUAGAAUGUGUAAGAAUUACGCUAACAACUGUGACCUCGGCUGCGCGGACGGUUACUAUGGAGACGGUUGCAGCGGUACAUGCAGUUCGCAUUGUGGAGGAGACAAGAAAUGCUUCGCGACCAACGGAACAUGUACUCAGGGAUGUGAACUGAGUUACUACACACCAAGAUGCGACACACCAUGCGCUAACACCUGCUUGGACGGUACAUGCGACGCGACAGGGGGCUGUCCGGAUUGCAAGAGAAGUCCUGUGGGACUGAACUGUCGAGUUCAGCUGUGUAAUGCUGGGUAUUACGGAACCACGUGUGAAAGCAGAUGUCCAGGGACGCAGUGCACGAACAACAUGUGUAACCGCCAGACAGGACUGUGUGAUAACGGAUGCAAUACCAACUACCACGGUUCUUAUUGUACGGAAAUAUGUCAAUGUAACGCCGGCGGUACGGAGAGGUGUGAGCAGGCUGACGGCUCAUGUAAAUGCAGGACGGGAUGGACCGGCAAGUUAUGUGACAAGUUCUGCAAUGAGGGAUGUUUGGGAUCACAAUGCACACAAGAUGGCACCUGCUUGAAUAGCUGUAAACCCGGUUACUAUGGCAGCGACUGCAGCAGGACGUGUGGCAACUGCGUCGGAAGGAACUGCAGUGGUAGCAAUGGCGUCUGUACCAACGGCUGCGUAGCUGGUUACUAUAACAACAUGUGUAACCAAGCCUGCCCAGCAGAAUGCAAAGAAUGUGGCAAUGCAGGCGCCUGCACUAAGUGUAAAGACACCAACUAUGGGCUGGCUGCCUGCACCACCGCAUGCAGUGAGAACUGUGUGGCCACUUCAUCCGGUCGCGUCUGUAACGAGAUCAGUGGUUCGUGCUUAGGGGACUGUAAAGCAGGCUUCUUCGGUGCACAAUGUCAGUCAGUAUGCAGCGUGCAGUGCGCUACGGGAAGUUGCGAUCGUGGAAGUGGGGCGUGUACCCCAUGCAAGACGGGAUACAGAGGGGCAAACUGCACCGCGACUUGUUCUGGUAACUGUAAGCCAGGAAAUAACGGUCGCACAUGUGGACAGUUGAACGGCUUCUGUGACAACGGCUGCAACACCGGUUUCUAUGGGGACGACUGCGUUUUGACCUGCCCGACUAAUUGCGCCAACAAGCAAUGCGACGCCAAUGGCCUGUGUACUGGCUGCACUGAAGGUUAUUACGGCAGCACAUGCGCCAACCAAUGUAGCGGAUGUUUUGAACUUCAGUGCUCCUCAGUAAACGGAGACUGCAAAACAAAAUGCGUUGCUGGAAAGUAUGGGACUAAGUGUAUUUCAAACUGCCUUGAGACAUGCAAUGACAGCACGUGUGAUCAGACGACAGGAAAGUGCGAAGCAAAGGUCACUUACCCUACCCUGCCCCCGGCACCGUUUACAGCGGAUGAUGAGGAGCUGAGUACCGGCGCCAUCAUCGGCAUCGCCGCCGGUUGCUUCGGCGCCCUCGUCAUCAUCAUCGUCUUCGCCUUCUGUUGCUUCUAUCAGAUGAGGCGCGCGGAGGACGCGAAGAGCGAGAUCCACAUACCGGAAGACAUUCUCGAGCGUCUCUCGCACAAGGGUUACACACCACAAGUGUCUGCACGUGACCUCCACAGCCAAUACUCCACCAGCCUUCCCAACCCGAAUUAUAAUCUAGACGGAGAUGACGAGAAAGAUUUCGUUCUGUUUUAAGAUUUUAAGAGAAAAAAACGUUUCAUGCACAUGCUUUAAAGUCAUUUAGAAAAUCACGUUGAGACAAAAAACGUUAAUGUUUAAAUCAUGGAAUUGAAUACAUAUUAUUUAUUAAAGGGACAUUUUCACAGGUUUUGGCAAUCAUUGAAGUUUGUCAUUAAAUGCCUUAAAUUCUAUAAAUGUAAACAUUGGAACUAAAUAGCAUUUAAACCAAUUGGCCAUCCGUGCUCAUACAGUGAAUGGUGUAUUAAAUACUUCAUAUUUAAGCAAUUCUCAUUAUGUCAAAAUUUUAACUAUAACAACAUGAGUCCAAAAAUUAUUAAAUCGUUUCGGGUUCGUAACGCUUUAUUAUUUUCAGGUUUUUAAAUUUUCAAAAGAUGCAUAUAAUGGAUAUUUUAGAGCAUGGUAAGUGUUCAGUAUUACUGUUUCCUCGCAGAUGUCAUUACUAUAAAAUUUGCAAACCUGUAACAUUUAUUUUUCAAAUUUGUCAAUUUACCAAAACGUGAAAAGGUCCCUUUAAAGUUAGGGGUUAACGACAGGAACAGCUUCGUUCUGUUUCAAACACACGCAUGACAUACAAAUCAUGUCAUAAUUUAGGCCGCCAUUUUUGCUCUGUGUUAAGCCAUGCAUGACAUAUACAUGUUCACUUAAGUGUGAAAUACGCACGUGUCGAAACUGCAUGCACGACUUCACUAUUUGCAUGCAUGUUUAUAAUGUGACGUGUAUUAAUUAGUUACCAACAUCAUUUUUGAUUAACUAGAUAAUUAACUAUGUAUUUGUAUUACACUUUCCCUAUUGGUGGAACGGGUUUGCAGGUUAAAAAGAUGUUUCUUUUUUUUCUAUAAACCAUGAUAGAAAGUUUUUUAGUGACGGCUCAGUUGUUUGCAUAUAUGUAUUUAUGUAUUAUAUUUUGCGAUGUAGCGUUAUUUCGUCGUGUUUGCGUUUUAUUUGUAGUGUUGUUUUAUGUAUACAAUGUAUGUUAUCAUUUUGGUGUUAGCUUUACCAUAUUUGCACCUGAUUUAUUCGACUUUUGAAUAAAUGUAUACCUGUGUACAUGUUGAUUAAUGGAUUUAUAAAUGCUACCUGAAUAGAAUGCUAGUGACGUUAUUUAGUUACUAACAGCGAUGCCAUCUGUAAUUACAAACUAAAUCCAGCACGAUCACAUACUAUGGCUUUGUUUAACAUUAAAAUCUAGAUAAAAUGCGAAACAUUGUAAGAUAGUGACUCGCGUGAAAGGACAGGCGUUCAAAAGAGUUCGAACUGAAUACAAUUAGGAAGAUAAAAGAACAGGUUUUAAUCAAUACGGACUUUUUGUGUGUUUUUUUAGACAAAUUAUGAACUACCGAAAUGUUACACAAAUAGAAGACACUUUUACUAGCGAUUUAAGGGCAUUUAAGAUCAACUAAUAAUAAAGUGUUUAUAAAAAUAUUCAGAUUCUACGAAAUGGACCUUGCUAUUAUAAAAGUCGCCUUGUGUCUUAUAUUUGACAUCACUGCUUUAUGCUCAUCGCGUUUGUUUUUCGCCGAUGAAAACAUUUGCAGAUAGAAAGCUAAACUCAAAGAAACUUAAAAACAGACUUUGGGUACACAUUGAUCAGAAUUAAUCACACAAAAACGAACGUUAAAAGCAGCUUAAGAUAAAUAGAGUCUCGUUCUCGGAAAACUGGGAUAACCUUGCGCUGUCCGCACAGUCGCGUCUCUGCCAGUGUCCUAAUUGAUAAAUACAAUUUAACUGACUGGACGUUCAAAGCAUGUAUGGACAACACCAGAGUUUAAAAUCGCUUCUCUGCGUGUAAGUAAUAAUUACAAAGAAGAAAUAUAGCAAAUCGAUAAAACACCUUAAUAAUGAAUACAAAUGUUCAUCUCGCGUCUCUGUCUGUUUCAGAAACGCUGAGAAUGCCAAGAAUGAGAUUUUCCUACCCAGUGAAUUAUUAGAAGGCCUGUCCAAUCACCAUAGCGUACACGAUCUCCAUGAGCACGAGUCCACGUCAUACCCGGUCGCGCGCGUCGUAGGUGACGACGAAAA